AUGAGGCUGAAGGAGAUCCAGAGGACUGCCCACCAGGCGUGGAGUCCUGCUGAACACCACCCUAUCCACCUGGCAUUGGGAACAUCAGCACAGCAGCUGGAUGCCUCUUUUAAUACCACAUCAGCCCUGGAGAUAUUUGAGGUGGAUUUCUCUGACCCAUCUUUAGAGAUGCAGCUCAAAGGGUCAUUACCCACAUCAAACAGGUUUCACAGUAUUGUCUGGGUGAAUUAUGGAAUGGGAGAAGAUGGUACUGGAGGGAGACUGGUUGCUGGCAGUGAAAAUGGCACAUUAACUGUAUAUAACCCAGAGGUCAUAAUGAGCUCCGGUGCAGAGGCAGUAAUCGGACAGUCGGACAAACAUACUGGACCCAUCCGAGCACUCGAUUUCAACCCGUUUCAGAGUAAUCUCCUCGCUUCAGGUGCAAAUGAUUCAGAGAUAUAUAUCUGGGAUCUGAACAACUUUAGCAGUCCAAUGACACCAGGAGCGAAGACACAGCCUGCUGAAGACAUCAGUGUUGUGUCCUGGAACAGACAGGUACAGCACAUCCUGGCCUCUGCCAACCCCAGUGGGAAAGCGGUUGUUUGGGAUCUAAGAAAGAACGAGCCCAUCAUCAAGAUCAGUGACCACAGCAACCGGAUGCAUUAUUCAGGAAUGCUCUGGCACCCUGAGGUGGCCACUCAGUUGGUGUUAUCCUCUGAGGAUGAUCGGAUGCCAGUCAUCCAGAUGUGGGACCUCCGUUUUGCUACAUCCCCUCUUAAAGUCUUUGAGAACCACACAAGGGGAAUUCUGUCCAUGUCCUGGAGCCAGGCGGACCCCGAGCUCCUGCUGAGUAGUGCUAAAGACAACAGGAUCCUCUGCUGGAAUCCAAACACUGGAGAGGUUAUUUACGAGCUUCCAACAACAAACCAGUGGUGUUUCGAUAUCCAGUGGUGCCCCAGGAAUCCGGCCCUCCUGUCAGCUGCCUCAUUCGAUGGGAGGAUCACCGUGUACUCCGUGAUGGGAGGGAGUCUGAAGGCUCAGCAGCAAAGCACAGCUGAUACGAUAUCUUCCUCAUUUGAUGCAAUGGAUCCCUUUGGCACAGGGCAGGUGCUUCCUCCCCUGCAGGUUCCUCAGCCUGUAGUGCAGGACACCAUUGUCUCCCCUUUGAAGAAGCCCCCUAAGUGGGUGCGCAGGCCAGUGGGGGCUUCCUUUGCUUUUGGUGGAAAGCUGGUAACCUUUGAGAAUCCCAAGCCGGCUCCCGUGCAGAGCCCCCAGCCCGUCCCCAGACAAGUGUUUGUGAGCCAGGUUACCACGGAGACAGAGUUGCUCCAGCGCUCCAGGGAGCUGCAGGCGGCGCUGCAGUCGGGCUCCUUCAACAGCUACUGCCAGGCCAAGAUCCAGAGCGCCAAGUCCGACGCUGAGCAGGACAUAUGGAAGUUCCUUCUGGUUAACUUCGAGGAUGAAGCCCGUGUUAAAUUCCUCAGACUUUUGGGAUUCAGCAAAGAUGAGUUGGAGAGGAAGAUUUCAAAAUGCCUUGGGAAGAGUUUCCAGCACAACGGGCACGGAGUAGAUGCCAAAGAUCUGGCACAAAAGAUGCAGCAGCUCUCCACUGAGAGGGCCGAUGAAGGUGAUGCUGCAACCCCUAGUUCCGUUUCACCGGCAGACUUCUUCAGUCAGACCCCAAAGGAAAACUCCAACUUCCAGAUCCCUGUAUCAUGUGACACUGAUGGUCUGAUAAGCCAGGCUCUGCUGGUGGGUAACUUUGAGGGCGCUGUGGAUCUGUGUCUGAACGACGGCCGCUACGCUGAAGCCAUCCUGCUGUCCAUCAGCGGAGGGGAAGAGCUGCUCAAGAAAACCCAGCAAAAAUACCUAAGCAACCAAAAGAACAGCAUCUCAAUGCUCAUAUCAUCGGUGGUGACCCAGAACUGGAGUGACAUCGUGCAGAGCUGUGAGUUGGACAACUGGAAGGAGGCUCUCGCUGCCCUGCUGACCUACGCUCACCCUGAAGAUUUUGCCCGUCUGUGUGAUACCCUGGGUGGCAGGUUGGAGCAUGAGAGGACAGAGAAGCGCUGCCUGCAAGCCUGUCUGUGCUACAUCUGCUCUGGGAACAUUGAGAAGCUGGUGGAGUGCUGGGCCCUGCACAGAGACUGCGCCUCCCCUCUCGGCCUGGAGGAUCUGGUGGAAAAAGUGAUGAUGCUGCGUAAAUCAAUUGAACGCCUCCGUAACAGCGAGGUGGUGGUGCAGAGCCCCAUCCUGGCCGAGAAGCUGACCUGCUAUGCCGGCAUCCUGGCUGCAGAGGGCAGUCUAGCCACCGCCAUGACCUACCUGCCGGAGAACUCAGACCAGGCUGGGAUUACGAUGCUUAGAGACAGGCUUUUCCACGCUCAGGAAGAGGCCGCCGGUGGACAGCAGCCUCUAAACUCCUUCAACAGAGCCAAUGUGUCCACAGCCAAGCCCACUCCUGCUGCUCAGGCCCCCGCACCAAAAGCACAAAUGAUGAGUCAGUACCAGCCACCUGCCCCUCCCCAGGCCCCCCAGCAGCAGCAGCCUCCGAUGCCGUCGUUUUAUACUCCACAAACGCCAACCAACUCUGGGCCUGGCCUCCCGCCUUUUUCUCACGUCCCGCCGCCCAGCUCCACCCGCCCUGCCUCGAGGCCUCCCUACCCCCAACAACCUGCUCCCGCUCCAGGUUUCCUUCCUCAUCAGUCAUUCCAGCCUCAGCGUAUGCCGGGCGGCGGGCCCUCAGGCUUCCCUCCUCCUGGUCCUUCCAUGCCAGCUGCUAACCUAUCAGGACCCCAACUAUCACCUCCGUCAUCGGCCCCCAGAGGCCUGCCCCCCAUGCCUAGCCCCGGGGUGCCACCGACAAGCUUCAUGCCAUCUACCUCUUUACCCUCGGGCCCCAUUUCACCCAGCUCCCAGCCCGGGGCCCCAGUCCCCAUGUACCCAGGAGGCCUCCACAACCAGGGGCCUGCACCCCCCAUGGCACCUGGUCCCUAUGCCCCUCUUGGAUCGGGGUACCCACAAGGAGGCCCCGGAGCUCCUGCUGUAAAGCCCUUCUCGGCCCCUCGUGUGGCCCCUCCUCCUACAGGAUUCUUUCCCUGGCUGAAUUCCCAGUCUGAAUAUCAAGGGCCCCAUGAAGGCUGGAAUGACCCGCCGGCAGUACGAGGCGGACCCAGGAAGAAGAAGGUCCCUGAAAACUACACACCACCAGCCCCCAUCACGGCUCCAGUGAUGGGAUUCCCAGUGGAGGCCCCUCAGCCCCGCGACCACGCCCAAGUCCCCCCCGGAGCCCCCCAGGAGCCCAGCGUGCAGCUCCUCCAGCAGCUGCCGGCAGAGCGGGUGGAGCAGAAAGAAAUCCCCGCUGAACACAUGGUGCUCAGGUCCACCUUCGACAGCCUGGUGCAGCGCUGCCAGCUCGCGGCAGGAGACCCGCAAACAAAGAGGAAACUUGAUGACGCAGGCAAACGCUUGGGAUACCUGUAUGACAAACUGAGGGAGCAGUCGCUCUCUCACAGCAUCCUGAACGGGCUCCACGAGAUCAGCCGCUGCGUGGCGAGCCAGAACUACCAGCGGGGCCUGGAGGUCCACACCCAGGUGGUCAGCAGCAGCAACUUCAGCGAGAUCUCCGCCUUCAUGCCCAUCCUCAAAGUGCUCAUGACCAUCGCCAACAAGCUGGGCGUCUAAACCCUGGAGGUGGGGGGGCACCAACCAGACUUCAGUGUUACCAUAUUGUUAUAUAUGUAUUUAUUUCUUUAUGACCUGCUUUGAUAAUGAGAAUAAUACUUACUGAUGAUAUUGCAGAUCGUGGUCUUCAUCACUCCAUACAUAUUCCUUCCUGAAGGCUGAUUUGGGCGGCGAGGUGGAUUUUUGUAGAGAUUUGUCGAUGUUGCUGUGGUAAUUUUACGAUCAAAAAUGAAUGUAUUCUGAAAGUUGUGAUUCUGUGUAAAUUCAAAAGUUGAUGUAAUAUACAAAGUUUGAAUCAAGGCGGUGUUUGUACAAGUAGUUGCAUUUUCAUAAUCCACAUUACACUACGUGCAUAUUUCUCAUUGAAUCAUUUCUGAUAGGAUACAUGCAGUGCUCCAGGAAUAAAUGUGGGCUGCACUCACAUCUAUCCUGUCGGUGUAGUAUGUACAAGGGAGAAAACACACCGAUAUUCUUUUUACCGGGUCAAUUAACAACAAGCAUCAAGGAAACGCUGUAACUUAAAUACUGAUUGUUCUCUUCACCUGCUGUAACUGAUUGUGUCCGGUUGAUUGUGCCAUGAUGGGCUGUUUUUGGCCAAAGCACUGCAGCAGACUGCCAUAUGGUGAUUGUCAAGUUGCUUUUUUAUUUUGUGUUUAUCUCCAUUUUGUUUGUGUCAACCAGGCCCUUUUAGCACUGUUAUUUCUGAUAGCUUGUGUGAAAGAUUGAUUCUCUAUAUAAUUUCUUCUGUGUGCUUAGUUUACAUAGCAGCUCAUAAACUAGAAUUACAUUAAUUUAUGUCGAACUGCAUAUGAAUUAACAUAGGUGCUUCACCCUCUGUUAUAGAUGCUUUUACUCCUCUUUUUACCCAGGCUAAGUCUUAUCCUUUUGUUCGUAGUUGUUGAUUAGAUCAUACGAUUAUACCAACAAUGAACUAACGGUUAUAACAUGAUAUUUUAAGGAUUGUAGCUGGACGUAAAGCUGGAUAGUUUGGUGUAUCAUGGCAGCAGAAGGCAGUAAAGUGCCUCUGUGCUCAUUUUGGUUGCACAGAUAUUUAUACAAUCCAUGUUGCUUACUUUACUCAUGUCGGUAUCUUUUUCAAAUAAAACUUCACUUCAAAGGUU